AUGUGCCGCCCUCCACAGCACCGGCGCUUCGUGAGCGAGGCGAAGGAGCGCGAGCCGGACGUGGUGCUGGUCGGCGACUCCAUCAUCUACCACCUGCAGCACUCAAACACGUGGCAGCGCCGCUUCGCGCCGCUGCACGCGCUUAACUUCGGCAUAGGCGGCGACCAGACGCAGCACGUGCUCUGGCGCCUCACGCACGGCGAGAUGGACAACUUCUGCCCCAAGGUGGUUGUAUUGCUGGUGGGCACCAACAACUUCAACUUCUCGCCGGAGCAGAUCGCCGACGGCGUCAUGGCCAACGUGAACGUCAUCCGGAAGCUGCAGCCGCAGGCCUUCGUCAUCGUCAUGGGCCUGCUACCUCGCGGCGAGAAGCCGAACCACCUGCGGGAGCGGAACGCCCAGACUAACGAGCUGCUGGCCGGGCGGCUGGCGUCGCUGGAGCGGACGCAGCUGCUGGCCGACUACAGCGAGCUGGUUUCGGCCGACGGGCAGAUCGACCACCAGGACAUGGCCGACUAUCUGCAUCUGACGCCGGAGGGCUACUCGAAGGUGUUCGAGCCCGUGUACGACCUGAUUCUGCAAAUUCUGAACGAGAAGGAAUGCCUAGACGGCGCCACUGGCGAAUAGGCCGCGCGACCGGCGCGUAGAUGGCGCCACCGCUGCCCCGUGGCGCGGCUCCCGACCCACCGCCGGCCAGUGGGCGGUUAUGUCAGUAUUACGUUCUGCUUCUGUGUGACCAGUACGCUCCUAUCGACGCCGUUGGCUUCCGCUGCCCCGCUCCUCUGAGUGCAGCGGUAGCGAGGGGGCCAUGAGCUACUCAGGAGUCGCUUGGUUCGGUUGUCGGCACGUUUGGUUAUGUACUGUGCGGGGUGGUGGCCAGGUUCAUGCCACGGCCGCUCUUGUGUUUGGGGCUGCGGAGACGUCCGUUGGGCUCUGCAGGGCUGGUGGGAGGAG